AUGGUUCCCCACAAUCCACCUCUCCGUACUCUGGUGGACGAACCGGUUGGAAUGGGCAGCAGCCUCCGCACCCUGGUCGUUCUCCUCCGUACAGACAGCCACCGACUGGUCCACAGAGCCAGUUUUAUCAAGGCCAAAGCCAAUUUCAUCCGUCUGCGAAUCAUAUUCCCACAGGUCCUCGUGGAGGCUAUCGCGGAAACUAUCAGAACCAAGGAGGCGGCCGUAGAUUCUCUGCUUCAGGCUCCCAAAACUACAGCAAUGUACCUUCCCCGCGUGGCCGGGACGUCACAAACCCCUCCACCUCCAGCAGCCUCAGAAAAUGAAACAUCUCUUGGACCUGAUCAGAGUAAUGUUGCUUUCAGGCCUGGUGGCCAAGAUCGCCCGAUAGGCGAGGAAAAGCCCGAGUCAGAGGUCGACGAUACCCAGAAAAUACUACCUACGAAUAUAGGACAGUCUGAUACCUCUGCGAACCCAAAUAAGGGAGGCAAGAUCAGUUUUGCUUUCAAGGCGAAGACAACUCUAGCCCCUGCUCCGAAACCUGUUCCCGAUCUGGCACAAAGGAUGCUGGCCCGAGAACCACCUGCCCGGGUUGCCGAGCCUCCGCGUAAUCGGAUGGUGAGUGGUCCGCCUCCCAAAUUCAAGCCUGAGUCACGCUUUGAUCGUCGCGAGCGAGACCGUGAGAGGGAAAGGGACCGACAUCGUGAAAGGGAUCGCGACAGGGGGCGUAAUGACCGGCGCGAUUUCCGGGAUCCCCGUGGGUUCCGUGAUCCUAGAGAUAGGCGCGACGGUCGAAAGGAUGACCAUCGCUUUGAUCAUCGCCAUGACAGGAGAAGAGGUGACCGACGACAGGAUUUUCGUCCUGAACGCCGCCGGGAUCGCUCUCCAGAACCCAAGAAGCAACCUAAAAUUCUGACACGGCCGAAACCACGUCCCAUACUCUCUGAAGAAUUCGCUAAAUCGGACUCCGUUUAUUAUCGGAAACCUGGAAAUGAAUCUGUCAUCGGAGCUGGCACGUAUGGAAAGGUCUUCAAAGCAAUCCACGUGUAUACCCAGAAAAAGGUGGCAUUGAAGAAGAUACGAAUGGAGGGCGAGAAAGAUGGUUUCCCUGUCACGGCUGUGCGCGAGAUCAAGCUGCUGCAACACCUCCGCAACGACAAUGUUGUGAGCUUGCUGGAAGUCAUGGUAGAGAGGAAUGAGUGCUUCAUGGUCUUUGAGUAUCUCUCCCAUGAUCUUACUGGUCUCAUCAAUCACCCGACUUUCACACUUACGGCAGCUCAUAAAAAGGACCUGGCGAAACAAAUGUUCGAAGGAUUGAGCUACCUUCAUCAUCGUGGAGUGCUGCAUCGCGACAUCAAAGCCGCCAAUAUUCUUAUCAGCAACCGCGGACAACUAAAAUACGCCGACUUCGGUUUGGCCAGAUUCUUCUCAAAGAGUCGACAACUUGAUUACACAAAUCGUGUUAUCACUAUAUGGUACCGACCGCCGGAGCUUCUCCUGGGUGAAACCAGGUACGGACCGGCAGUUGACGUUUGGAGUGCGGCUUGCGUGUACGUCGAAAUGUUCACAAAGAAAGCCGUUUUCCCCGGCGAGGGGGGCGAGAUCAGCCAGAUGGAGAAGCUCUAUAAUUGUCUCGGGACUCCGACACGAGCAGACUGGCCAGACAUUGUUGAGAUGCCUUGGUUCGAGUUGAUGCGGCCGACUGAACGAAAGCGAAGGGUCUUUGAGGAGGUGUAUGGGCAAAUCCUAACCCCAGCGGCUCUAGACUUGGUUUCUCAAAUAUUCCGUUACGACCCGACUGCACGGCCAACUGCUGAGGAGAUACUUGCACAUCCGUACUUUGCUUCGGAAGAGCCUAGGCCCCAACAAGCCAUUGAACUGGAGAACAUUGAGGGCGAUUGGCAUGAAUUUGAAUCCAAAGCACUCCGCAAAGAGAAGGACAGGGAAGCUCGCCGCGCUGAGUAUCAGAGAGACAAAGAGAAACGGAAAGCUGGUGGUACUUCAGCUCCACCCAGCGAGAGAGAAACAAAACGUGCCAGGCAAGACGCCGAGGACUCGCAAUCUUCAGCACAGCCCACGGAACAAUAG